AUUGUGGGACAUGUGGAGGACUUCCUACCUUUCGGUGCGCUCUAGAAAGGCAUGACGUUGGGUAGUUACCUUUGUUACACGGUUCAAUCAGCGUUCAAAGGAGGUAGCGUUACCGGCGAGAAAUCAUGCAUUUGUCUCUGGAAACUACUGAAGCCGAAGCUACGAAUUCGCUAUGAAACCACUAAGGCCAGUGAACUAUAGUUAGUAGCGAAAACAUUUAGAAGUUUUUCGACAGCUGGUUGGCUACUUGCUGGUUCGUGGCAAACUUUUUUUUGGACUGUCAUUUAACUUCGAGGAUAACUUCAAAGGUCAUCGGAGGAAAUGAAGUUGGACAGUAAACAAAGUUGUAGUUAGCUUGCUUGCUUCGUGUGCUUUGUAUGUUGACAGCUCUUCCAUAACCCUCUGAGCUAGCUGGCUACAUCGUUUCUACGCUUUUAGUAAACCGGUGAACGAACCUUUCUCAUUUGCAAUAAUUUACAAACAUAGACUACCAACGUUUUUUACACAUUCACUGGCCAUUUGAUUAUUAACUGACGUUGGUUGGCUAACUGCUAUUUUACCCCUGUCACUGGAGAUAACCAAUUGUAGCACAGUAAUGACUCUUGCAGUUCGUCUUGUUGGAUCGUUCUUUAAUUACAAAUUAAUCUUGUUGAAAUAGUUGACGUACAGCUGAUCUUUCGCACUCUCUUGUUUAACUGGCUAUUCUGUUACUUUGUCGCAAUGGCUAGUUUGUAGGUGUAUAUCUUGAUAAUGUUAUAUCUUGAUAAUCGCAAUGGCUAGUUUGUAGGUAUAUAUCUUGAUAAUGUUAUUUUGAUGAACUUUAUUUUGGAUAUUUUGGCUAGGUAUUUUUUGGUAAAACCAUCAGAACGCAAGUUACCCUUCAGGUAUAUUAGUCAGCUAGUCACCUGAUGGCCCCCUUAGGCAUGCGGAUGUCGCGAAAAAAUGUGUCUGCUUGCUCCUUGUAACGUUGGCUACCUAACGCUCGCUACCUGAGAGACAAUGAGCAAGGGGGAAACUGCUGACAUUUGAGGCUGAUGCGACUAGUUGUUUACUGCGGUGUCCGACAGCAUAUAUUAUAUUUGCAGACGCGUUUCCGUUGACGAAUGACUGUUAUGGACAUAAUCAUAAUAUUAUGACCACCACAACCUGGCAUACGUUUACUUGUAAAUAAUGUUUUGAAAAUAAUUGGUUGCCAUUUUUACGUUAGUUUAAACAUUUUAUAGUGUGUAUUGGUUGUUGCAUAGAGACAAUGGAUGACAAUAAAAAAACAUCUUCAGCUUUAACAGAAAAGGACAACAAUGACUAGCCUAAUGGCUUUGUGUAGGUAGAGAAGAACAUUUUUUAAAGAGGUUCUGUUCAACAUAGAAAUCCACGUGCCUUUUAAGGCCGCAGAAGUCCACCAUGUCUUUGGUCAUAUAUUCUAAACUUCCGGAGAAUUUGAAGAAAACCUCGGCCGUAAAGAAAGCAGUCCUCCUGCUUGUUGCUGCCUAUGGGGUGAAGAAACUAUACCCCUUUGUCUCUGGAAAGCUCAGAGGAGGGGUCGAUAAGCGGUUGGAUGGUAAGCUUCCUCAAAGGUCGAACGGCGGAUCGCCAGAUGUGGAGAAAGCGAAGAAGAAGAGCAGCUCUCCAGCCGUGAACCGCGAGUUUUUUGAUCGCCUGAUCCGGCUGCUGCGCAUCCUCUUCCCUCGGCUCGUCUGCAAAGAGCUCGGACUUUUGGGCGUCCACUCUCUGGCCCUCAUAUCGCGAACUUUCUUAUCCAUCUACGUUGCCAGCCUGGAUGGCAGAAUCGUCAAAACAAUCGUGAAGAAGGACCCGCAGGCGUUUGUGUGGGAGCUGACCAAAUGGCUCCUGAUCGCCAUCCCCGCUACCUUUGUCAACAGUGUUAUCCGCUACCUGGAAGGCCAGCUGAGCCUGGCGUUCCGCACGCGGCUGGUCACCCACGCCUACCGCCUUUAUUUCAGCGACCAAACCUAUUACCGCGUCAGCAACAUGGACAGCCGCCUGGCGAACCCGGACCAGUCGCUGACGGAGGACAUGGUCAUGUUCGCCGCCUCCGUGGCCCACCUCUACUCCAAUCUCACGAAGCCCAUCCUGGAUGUGGUGGUGACCUGCUACACCCUCCUCAAAACAGCCGAGUCUAAGGGAGCUAACACCACCUGGCCCUCGGUCAUAGCGGGCAUCGUGGUGGCGCUCACUGCCAAGGUGCUUCGCGCCUUUUCCCCGCGCUUCGGCAAGCUGGUCGCCGAGGAGGCCAGGAGGAAAGGAGACCUCCGCUACAUGCACUCCCGCAUCAUCGCCAAUUCCGAGGAGAUCGCCUUCUAUGGGGGACAUAAGGUGGAGAUGUCCCAGCUGCAGCAGUGCUACCAGGCCCUGUCAUCCCAGAUCAACCUGAUCCUGUUCAAGCGGCUGUGGUACGUCAUGCUGGAGCAGUUCCUCAUGAAGUACGUGUGGAGCGCCUCGGGCCUGGUCAUGGUGGCUGUGCCCAUCAUCACGGCCACGGGAUACUCCAAACACGAUUCGGAGGACGUGAAGCAGGCUGCCAUGGUGAUGAAGGAGGAGGAGCUUGUGAGCGAGCGCACGCAGGCCUUCACCACGGCCCGGAGCCUCCUGAACGCCGGCGCCGACGCCGUGGAGAGGAUCAUGAGCUCCUACAAGGAGGUGACGGAGCUGGCGGGCUACACGGCGCGGGUGUAUGAGAUGUUCGCCGUGUUCGAGGACGUGCGCGUGGGCGUGUACCGGCGCUCCGCGGCGCAGGACGGGGGGGCGGGCGGGACCUCGCGGGAGGUGCAGCACGGCAUGAGGAUGGAGGGCCCGCUGGAGAUCAGAGGUCAGGUGAUCGAUGUGGAGCAUGAGAUCAGCUGCGAGAACCUCCCGAUCAUCACCCCCUCAGGAGAUGUGGUGGUGACCAGCCUCAACAUUAAGGUGGAGGAGGGGAUGCACCUCCUGAUCACCGGGCCUAACGGCUGUGGGAAGAGCUCUCUGUUCCGCAUCCUGAGCGGCCUGUGGCCUGCGUACCGCGGCGUGCUGCGCAAACCCGCCCCCCACAACAUGUUCUACAUCCCUCAGAGGCCCUAUAUGUCUGUGGGGACCCUGCGGGACCAGGUGAUCUACCCACACACCCUGCAGGAGAUGAGGGGGCGGGGCUUCACCGACCAGCAGCUGGAGGACAUCCUGAACAUCGUCAACCUGCGCUACAUCCUGGAGCGAGAGGGAGGCUGGGAUGCAGAGAGCGACUGGAAGGACGUGCUGUCGGGAGGGGAGAAGCAGCGGGUGGGCAUGGCCAGGAUGUUCUACCACAGGCCGAAGUACGCCCUCCUCGAUGAGUGCACGAGUGCCGUGAGCAUCGACGUGGAAGGCAAGAUAUUCCAGUCUGCAAAGGAUGCUGGGAUAGCGCUCCUCUCCAUCACCCACAGACCCUCGCUCUGGAAGUACCACACCCACCUGCUGCAGUUCGACGGCGAGGGCGGCUGGCGGUUCGAGAAGCUGGACGCCUCCACGCGGCUCUCCCUGCAGGACGAGAAGCUGCGGCUCGAGACGCAGCUGUCCGGGAUUCCCAAGAUGCAACAGCGCCUGGCCGAGCUGUGCUACAUCCUGGGGGAGGACAGCGCCCUGCCCCGCCCCGGCGAGGGCGAGGGCGGGGGCGAGGUUGGGGGUGGGAGCGAGGGCGGGGGCCAGGGCGAAGGGCCACAGGAGCAGCAGCAGGAGGAGGAGGAAGGGGCGGGGCAGCCGGAGAUCAAACAGGAAGUGACGGGGGACAGACGGGACGCUGUACUCGCGGACUGAACCGGGGAGCUGAAGGAACAGAAACGGGGCGGGGGAUGUGGUCACGUCGCAGAUAGAUAAUCUUAACCGAGAUGCCGAGUAGCAGCAGUAACGCACACGUGGAGGUGG